CUUGUUGCCGGUAACGACUGCUGGCUUCGUGAAGCUGCAGUACUUUUUUCUUUUUAAACUGAGAAGACACACUGGAAUGGAAUCACAUUUAACUCAAGAGAUUGAACUGACUAAGAAAUACGAUGACAUCUUGAAGAAGAGGGCCGCUUUACUUAAAGAGAUGGAGAGUCAACAAGAGCAGCAUAAAAAUAAGAAAAAACAGCAGACCAAAGUGUCGGAAGCUGCACGGAAAAGAAAUGCCAAACUUCUUAAGGAUUUGCAGGAAAUUGAAAAUCGUCUGAUCACAAGACCACUCCCUCACCCAGAUAUUGUUAGUUUGGAGACACAGUACUGGGCAUACGUUGAAGAGAAAAUUCCAGAAUGGGAGUCAUUCUUGCUUGGGAGGGGGCCAUCUCCGUUGCGAGACCGGGAGAGAUCACCUGGGAAAAGGAGACAGAAAAGUACAUUUCGGCACAAUUACUGAAAUACUGGUGUCUAAUUGACAAUUAGCUGUUUAACUCAAAUUGGUGUGUGGUUAACUAUGAGUAGUUCAAGGCACUUAAAAGAAUUGAAUGAGCAACAAGGCAUACCCUGGAGGGAAGGACUACUGUGUACUGUGAUUUGAAAGUCACAGUACAAGUACACUGGAAAGUAGGAAUAUGCACAACAAAGAUUGUGAAAAUAGGGAUAUAUAUAUUUUAAUUAAGGCAUCUAAGGAUGCUUCUGUUGAUUGACAACAUAAGAUUUAAUGCCCUUCAUAAAGCAGUAAAUUGUUAAUCCACAGUGUAAAUUGUUAGAAGGGUGCCAAGUUGACACCCAUAGAAAAUACUUCAGUGAGUUUUCAGUUUUCAGUGUGGGGAUGUAAAGGGAUUUUCUCUGGAUUUAAAAAUAUAUUGGAGGUAUUAUUGGGCUGUCCCAUUCACUGUCCUGUAUGCCAGCACCAAGGUUUUGUACUUGAUGUGAGCGGUAACACAAAGCCAGUGAAGUGAGGUGAGGAGGGAUGUGACUUGUGGCUGUUGUAGCUUCCCAGUCGUUGUUGUAAAAUGACACGGCUGGGAACACCUUACCCACUAAGCUGCUUACGAGUUUAUCCACAUUUUCAAAGGUGAGUAUUUGCACUUAAGAAUAUGGCGAAUCAUGAAUGAUACCCCCAGAAUGAUUCCCCUUAACCUAAGACCUUAAUUUUGUGUGCUUAUGUGAUUUCAAAUGUCGGUCCACUGUUGUCUUUUGUGUGUGAUUUAUUCAUAAAUUCAAUUAAAUUUGGUGCACACCCCCCUCUGGCUUCACCCCAUCACCAUUGCAGUCAAACAAGCAAAACAUCAGCAAAACACAAUCAAGUAUACUACCUAGUAAGAGUUUAAU